AUGCCCCUUCAACAUAAAAAGUCGCAUCGAUCAAAAAAUCGUAAAAUUAAACUCGAACUAAACAGGAAAGAAUUGAAUGAAUUGGAGACAAGAUGCAAGAGUCUGGUUAUCGACUCGGAUUUCGAAAGAUUCGACGAAUUACCUUUGUCAAAGUUAACUCUUGAAGGUCUUCAGAAGUCAAAUUACGUUGAAAUGACGGAAAUUCAACGUAAGGCACUACCGUUAGCCUUGAAUGGUGGUGAUGUUUUAGGUGCUGCUAAAACCGGUAGCGGAAAGACGUUAGCCUUUUUAAUUCCAUUAAUCGAAACCCUAUACAGAAGAGAAUGGUCUCAAAUGGAUGGGUUGGGUGGCCUCGUCAUAGCACCGACACGCGAAUUGGCUGUUCAGAUAUUUGAAGUCCUCCGAAAGAUAGGACGACGACAUUCUUUGUCAGCCGGGCUUGUCAUUGGAGGAAAAGAUUUACAAGUGGAGCAAGAGCGUAUCAACAGAAUGAAUAUCCUCAUAUGUACGCCUGGACGCUUGUUACAGCAUAUGGACCAGACAGCCAGUUUCAAUUGUGAUAAUUUGCAGGUUUUAGUAUUGGAUGAAGCGGAUCGAAUCCUCGACAUGGGCUUUGAAAAAACUGUUAAUGCCAUAAUAGAUAAUCUUCCGAAGGAACGUCAGACCCUUUUAUUUUCUGCUACACAAACAAACUCCGUCAAAGAUUUGGCAAGACUUAGUUUGCGGGACCCCCACUACGUUUCUGUGCACGAAGAGUCUGAGCACAGUACACCAUCUGGUUUAUCACAACAUUAUUUGAUAUGCGAACUACCGGAAAAAUUGGAUAUUUUGUUUUCAUUUAUAAAAUCGCAUCUAAAGGUCAAAGGUCUGGUGUUCUUUUCAAGCUGUAAUCAGGUUCGAUUUGUCUUUGAAACCUUUUGUAAAAUGCAACCAGGGGUUGUAUUACACCGUUUGCAUGGAAAACAAAAGCAAUCUAAGCGUGUAGAAAUCUUUAAUAAAUUUUCUGCCGCAAGACAUGCGUACUUGUUUGCUACGGACAUAGCAGCUCGAGGACUUGAUUUUCCGGCCGUUGAUUGGGUGAUACAAGUGGAUGCACCAGAAGAUGCGGAUACAUAUAUUCAUCGUGUGGGACGUACCGCUAGAUAUGAAGCUUCUGGACAUGCAUUGCUUUUUUUGCUACCAAGCGAAGAGAAAGGAAUGAAAGAAGCAUUUAAAAAAAAGAAGGUUCCAAUUGAACAAAUUAAAGUGAAAACUAGCAAGACAAUGAGCAUACAAAAACAAUUGCAAUCAUUAUGCUUCAAAGAUCCAGAAAUUAAAUAUCUCGGUCAAAAGGCCUUCAUAUCAUAUAUGAGAUCUGUUUACCUUCAGAGUGAUAAAUCCAUAUUUAAAGUUGACGAGUUACCGGCAGAUGAAUUUUCUGCUUCUCUUGGGCUGCCCGGAGCACCAAAAAUUAAAUUCGUAAAGAAAUCACAAGCAAAAAAUGCUGUACGCGAUAAACCCGAAAAGAACUUGGAGGUGUAUCAAAAUGAGGAGGAUAAAUUUUCAUCAGGUUCUGGAGAUGAUUCGGAGAAUGAGGGAAAGUCAGAAACUUCUAAACCCAAAACAAAGCUAGAAAAAAUAUUCCAUCGAAAAAAUAUGUCUGUACUCGCAGAUCAUUAUAAAAAACUUGUGGACCAUGAAGGUGACAAGACUACGAAUGAUGAGGACGAAUUUAUCACUCUUAAACGCGUUGAUCAUGACUUGCCAGAAGACCUAGAAAACAUGAAUCACGAGAAUUUGUCGAAACGUAAACUUUCGAAAGUCACAUCGAAAAAACAUGCCAUAAAGAAUGUUCCUAGGGGUAAAAAACUCGUGUUUGAUGAAGAGGGCAAUCCCCAUCAGAUAUAUGAAUUCCAAGAUGAAAAGGCAUUCCGUGCAGCAGGGAGUGUGUUAGAUCAAAAAAAUGCAUUCUUGGAUAAAGAAUUAAGAGUAAUGAAAGAGGUGGAUCGUUUUGAUAAAGUAACUGCCAAAGAAAAACUUCGCGAAAAGAAAUUAAAGACAAAGGCCAGAUUAAAAGCCGAAUUAGAGGAUAUGGGACCAAAAGCCAGAUUAGCUUCACCUGUCAGCGGAGACGAAGAAUUAGAUCGAAGUGACAUCGAGGAUUCGAGUGAAUAUGAGUCUGGAGAUGAUGAUUUCGAACAAGACCUGCAAAACAAAAGACGCUUUUCACCUGCGAUCUCCGAACAUGAUGAGUCGAGUGAAGAUAACAUAUCCGUAGGUAAAAAACGUAAAAUAAUAGAAAUUGAUGAACCAUUGACAUUAGAAGAUCAGGAAGCAUUGGCGCUUCAACUAUUAAGAGGAAAAUGA